AUGGAGAUCGAGUCAAGGCAAGACACCAAAGAGAGACUUAGUUCAAUUCAACGACUGUUGAAAGAAACAUGUGCUCAAUUUGAGAAAAUCACCAAAAAAAGGCUUGAGUCCAGAAGAUUCGAAGACCCUCGAAGCUUUGAAGAACUCAAGGCGAGAAUCUCAUCGGGUGUGAAAGGAGAGGACGAUGCGUCCAGAGCAACGAGGCAAAGGUUUCUUACGAUCGUGUCUGUUGUUCAGACAUGGACAGGACCCAUAAAGACUGUUACCGAUGGAGUAAGUAUCUCGUUAGUAAGACAAAGAACAAAAGAAACAAAAAAGCAUCAAGAUAUUCGCUCGGGAAGAGCGGCAUUCUCACCUGCAAGCGCUUGUGUUAGUGCUUUGUCGUAUAUCCUGGAAAUCCCAUUAAAGGUUCAUGGCAUUCAUGAGUCCAUCCGGGCUGUCAUCGAGGAAGUUGAGCCACGCUUCACGGAAUUAAGUGUAUAUGAUGACAUGGGUACAGCCAUUGGCUCGGUCCUGAUGAUCUCGGUUUGCAAUGUCAUGAUGGCCUUUAUAACGCUCUGUGCUCAGUGUGUGAAGCUUCUCGAGAAGGGCAAGGCUUACCAAUACUUCAAAGAAGGAAAAUGGAUUUUGUCAAACCAAAACCCCAUCAGAGAAGGUCUUGAUAAGCUGAAAGCCCUUUCCGAGCAGAAAGAAUAUGUUCAGCAGAUGGUCAUAAUGAAGGAAAUUCUAAAUUCGAGCGACAAGAUCGACAUCGUGGAUGGUAAAAUCGAUGGAAUUUCCGAGUACGUCAACAAGCGCUCUGAUGAAGUUGCCCGCCAGGAUGAUCUGAGUAGAAUCAAAAAAGAUCUGCGUAUAACUUCGGAGGAUGGGGUAUUAGUGGGUCAUCGUGUCUAUACGGAGACCCUUCGCAUGGCGAAAGACAAGACAUGCCAGUUCCUCGAGUCGAAGUCUUAUAUGAACUGGGCGCUCAACAAGGAUGAAGAUGUACCACCAUUGCUUUUGAUCACUGGGGAAGCAGGAACAGGAAAGAGUGUCUUGUCAGCCUCAAUGUUCUUGGACAUCAAGGAGAAAGAAAUAUUCGCCGCUUAUUAUUCCUUUCCCUCGAUGCCAAAAAGUCGCAAAUACCACCAGCAACCGCUGGAGGACUGUGUCAGAGCCACAGGACUACAAUUGGCAGAGCAAAAUCCAGACUACCGACGACGCUUGCUGCAUUUUCUAAAUACCGAGGAAGGAAGGGCCCAGGGGACUGGCUAUAAGGGCCUACUGGACGCCCUGAAUAUUUGGCAGGCUCCAGAUAAGAUGAUUUGUUAUCUUAUUCUGGAUGGCCUGGAUAACCUGGCAGAGUGGGAGCGUAAGCAAUUCAUGAACGAUCUCAUCAACAACCAAAUCCCCUCUAAAAGGAAAACCUUGCGUGUUUGUGUCACCGGGCCAAGGAGACUGUUACGCGAAUACUCGAAGCGGAAAGAUUGUCUGCGUUCUGCAAAGAUGGAAGACUAUAAUGACAGAGUGAUUGCUGAGUACAUUGGAAAAUUCUUGGAAAAGAAGGAUCUACUGCAGGAAGACUUUCUGGACUUUGCUGAAGUUAGAAAGUCGAUAUGCGAGGCAGUAACGAAGAACACCCGUGGUAGCUUCCACAAAGUGCAGAAAUGGCUCGACAGGAUCGAAAACUUGGUUCAAUCAAAUAGCAGAGAUGAGCUCACUCGCUUUCUCAAUGCGCUGAGCCGGGGAGGGUCGGACCUUGCCAAAUCUGAGCUGCAAGAUCUUGAAAGAAUACUUGACUGGAAGGAGAUCGCGGAACUGAAUGAGUUGAUUAUUUGGUGCGAAUUCAGCAUGUCCAAGGAUGUUAUUCUCGACAUUGACCAGCUCGAAGCCUUUCUGUGGGAACAAAAGUUCAUUCGCUCGAAUUUACCGCCGUUAAGUUCUCUACGAAAGAAAAUACGGGAUAGGUUUUCUUUGAUCUUGGAGGAGAGAGAUGAUGGAGUUCGACUUCGCGACGAGAUGAGGCAAUGGGUAAUCCUGGAUCAGAACAAGGACCAGCAAUCAGCCAUUUCGGCUACAAUAUCCCUCCAAAACACAAGCAUCGAAGUAGCCCAGCGGUUCUUUUGGGAUCUGGCCAAUCAUUCAGUGAUGAAUCGGUUUAACUUUGAUGCUUACCAGAUGGACAUGGCGAAGCCUUCAACUCAUCGCACUCGAGUCACGGAACUGAACGCGCAUUUGGUAAUCGUGAAACGCACCUUCGAAUUUCUCAGAAAAGCACCAGAUCCUCUUUCGAGGCCAAUUGGGGGAAUUUUACUGAGAGAACUUCCGGCUCAUUUAGCAGACCUGCAGGAACCCUCUCAGCUUGAACAACUCAAGGAUACCGAUCGACGAACCAUAGGUGAAAAUGUCCAAGAACUAUUUCUAAGCCCAAUAAGCCUUGAAAGGCAUUGGGAUGUUCUGCAACAGACAAGGUGGCACACGUCCUCAGAUACCAUAGAUUCAUUCUGGAAAUGGCUGUCGGACGACGCUGCAAUCAAACACCCGAUCAUUUGGGACAAGAUCAGAGAGGUUUGGAAUGACCCGAAACGGAACCAGAAGCUCUUUGAGCCACUAGCGAGGUUGGCUGGUCACAAAUGGCUUCAGGACCGAUUGCCCAGUUCCACCACGGCGUCUUUCGAAUGGCUCAGGGCUUUUCUCAAUAUGGAUGCAGAAAUCGAUUACACAAGCCAAAACUCAGACUUUAGCUCCGAAGAGGAUGACCAUAGUGUCAGAUCCGACGAUAGCAUCAAAGACGAUGACGUUACAAAGGCUGAGAAAUGGUGCGAGAGGGUACUGGGACCAAGCCGCAUGCGCGAACAAGAUGUUUGGGUACAACGGCUAGCCGAAACAUAUGAGUAUGCCGAUAGUCAUAAGAAAGCUUUUAAGAAAUAUCAGGAAGUAAGUUUUUUCAAAGGUGUUCCUGCCUCCGUCAUUGAAAGGCAGCUAACAUUUUCAAACCUAAAGGCCAGUAAGCUACUGGAGCGGAUGGGGGGCAUUGACCAGGAACGACAAGGAAAUGUCUUGGUUCGUCUAGCGUCACUGGCUGGGGACAAGGACCAAGCUUUGCAAUACCUCAAGCAAGCCCUGAGUCUGAGCGCCAGCAAUGUCAACGCCAGAUAUGCACUGAUCAAGAGUUCGUGGUCUCGCGACUGCAGAGAGGAGCUGAGCGACCUGGUUCUCGACACACUGAAGCUCAGAACGGCUUCAGGGCCCACGGGGCAUCUAGGUUUAGUGAUCCAGAUGGCCAUCGAAGAUAGUGAUUACGACGACACUCAGAUGAUGAACCUGCCCUAUACCAUUAGCUCUAUAUGCUCCUCCUCUGCCGAUAACUUCGCUUCCUUACUGGGAAACAUGCAGACAGCAAUCGAGAAUGCCAAGGCACAGAACCGGGUCAAAACAUGGGCCACCUUGCUUUUGCAUAAAGGGAGGGCAUUUGCAUGCUAUUCAGAUGACCCUUCACAUGCUGAUCAGGCGGUCAAAGCGUGGACAGAAUGCGCUGAAAUCAUUAUGGAGAAACUUAAAUACCAGUCUGCUGGUGCCAUUCUACUGGACAGAGUUGGGCGGCAGUUGGGCUGUUAUAACUUCACACAGACAUUGAAUGACCCUGGUAACGCUGAGACAUAUUCUCUAAAAUUGGAGGAAGUAUACCAGAACCAAAGGGGUAUUGUUCAUGGCAUGUCUGCUGCGAAGACAUACCUGGCGGCAGACUUCAUCCGGCGUGGAAAACAAGCGGAUGCCGAAGCGCUCUUCCAGGCAAACAUCAGAGAGGCAUUUGGGUUACUAUCUGAUGACACAACCGGUAAUGACAUGUACGGGUUUAACCUUCUGUUUCUAACAUUUCUGCAUCCCGGUGACCGAGUCAAUGUCCUUAAUGCCUAUUCGCUUAUAGCUCGUCAUGUCCUAGAUGUCGAGAUUUUGGAAGAGUGGCUACGGUCUGAUGAGAAACCAACGACACCGGAAGCUACAGAGCUCAUAGAGUUCUUCCAAGAAAACUGCAACAAACCGAUAAGCGUUUGGUACAAGGUUGCAGAACUUGUGCAAUUCUUACGGCGGAGCCGAAACAAGUUGAUGAACGAGACCCCCUGGAGUGAUGAUGACGCAGCCAAAAUGGAGUCUUAUGAGGCACUACUUGAAUCCAUGAACCGAUAUGCUAGAGCACUAAGCGAUGCUAACUAUAAAUAUUUGUGUGAUGCGUGUGAAUGCGUCCUAGACACGAGCAAAAGCAUGUAUGCCUGCAAGUUCUGCUAUGAUUUUGCCCUAUGUGAGUCGUGUUUCCAUCGCUUCCGACACGGGGCGCUCAAAAUGUCUCUCUGCCACAUUGAGCAUGAUUAUGUGCGGAUUCCACCCUGGGAUGCGAAGGCCCAUGUUCGCGCAUUCCGGCGCAGAGUUCUUAUGGAUGCUACUGUUGCAGAUGAUGGGUAUCUGGUUGGGGGUCGAGAAGUCCCGGUUGUGGAGUGGUUGAAUUGCUUGAAAGCGAAAUGGGAUCCCCAGGGUGAUUGGGAUUUCCGGUAA